UAGCCAAAAAGAUAUUCUAGCAUUUCUUUGUGGAUAUCAUAAACAGCCAUAGACUUAGAUAGAUGGAUCCCUCGGGAGCAAAGCAUAUUUAAUGAGGGCAAAAGCAUAAGGAAUCACCUUGUAAUACAAUAAAGUCCGUAUUAGUAAAGCGCACUGACCGCUACCACCACUGGAAUGUGAUGGUAGCUUAUUUCAACGGAGAAACAGUCAUACUUUUCGAUUGGGGUACCGGCGAAAGAGCCAGUGGUUAUUACAUUGUGACUUCAACGCCACAUGACGUCAGUAGUGACGUCAGUAUACUACGGUAGCCAUUUAAGACCAGAUGAGCCACGAGCUCGUGUUAUCAUCUAGAGCUAUAAAAAAAUAAUAAACGUUUAAAUGGAAAUACAUCAGAAAUUUUAUUUCAUUAUAAUGGUAUUUAAAUAGGUCAUUAGUAUUUGGAAUUUUACGAUUCGAUUAUUUAGAGUUCAAAUGAUAAAAUCAAACUACAAUGACCAGCGUAAGUAUAAAAUGAUUAACCAGUGUUUCAAAUUGUAAAUAUAUUUUGAAAUUAGAAGCGAAAAUGUUGCUGCAGAUAUUUUUUAGCUUUUUUAUCGUUAGUGGAUCUUACGCUAAGACGGACGUAGAGAUCAAGGCUUGGUUCUUAGGUCAAGCAGUCGAGUGUAGCAAAGAUCAUCCUGUUACCACUGAGGAGCUCAGAAUGAUACACAAACAUGAAUUACCAGAUAGCAAAAAUGCUAAAUGUUUAAUGAAGUGUGUGUUUAGAAAAUGUAACUGGUUGGACAGCAAAGGAAUGUAUGAUAUAAACGCCGCCUAUGCAUCAUCAACAAAAGAUUUUUCCGAUGACAAGACGAAACAGGAAAAUGCAAACAAACUGUUUGACACUUGUAAAAGUGUGAACGAGGAGAAUGUUGGCGACGGCGAAGAAGGUUGUGACAGAAGUCUAUUGUUGGCUAAAUGUCUUACAAAGGCAGCGCCUCAGGUAUCUAUUUAUUAUUCUUAGUAUUAGAGUACA